AUGAGCAAUACUAAUUGCAAUGCAUCUAAAAUUACAUAUAUGACAAAAAAAGUUCAAUUUAAAAAUCCAAAGACAGAACAAAACAAUAUUGAUGAUUCAUUUGAUAAACAAUUAAAAGAUGCAGUAAAGAGUAUAGCAACAGUUAUUGGUGAUAAUAGUAAUAAAAUAGAAUCAGAAUUAUUAAAUAAAAUAGAUACUCAAAACCAAAGAAGUAAUAAUGAAUAUAAAGAAACAUUUUUGACACAGGAAGCAACUAGUAAUCUUAGUGAUAUAUUAACAAAUAUGAAAGUUAUUAAUCAAGAAACGUCGAUUUAG